AUGUCUCAUGUUGCUUUGCAAAGUGGAGGUUACGAGAAAAUGCCAUGUCAACUUCGAGAUGUGUACAACAGGGUUGCUGGUGCGAAGCGAGAAGAGAAGAUAGAGACGGACUCAGAAGGGGCUCUGGGAUUUCUUGAUUGUCUCGCAGAGAAGGAUCCUAAUUUCUUCGUUGUCUAUCAGGUUGACGACGAGAAUCGCUUGGCUAACUUAUUCUGGGCAGAUGGAAACUCACGCGUGGACUAUGUAGCUUUUGGGGAUGUACUAGGAUUUGACACAACCUACAUGACGAAUGAGUACAAUAAGCCCCUCACUGUUCUCAUUGGCGUCAACCACCAUUUCAACACAUGCAUCUUCGGAUUUGCUCUCCUCCUCCACGAGAAGCUUCCAUCAUAUUCUUGGCUACUUCAAAAAUUUCUAGAAUGCCAUGGAGAUAAGAAGCCAAGUGUUGUAGUUACUGACCAAGAUGCGGCCAUGAAACAGGCUAUCGUUGAACACAUGCCUGAUGUUACGCACCGUCUCUGCGCUUGGCAUCUCAAUACAAAUGCUUCGAAAAAGGUUAAAGAUCCGAUCUUCUUAAAAACAUUUAAGGAUCUCAUGUACAACUACUACGAGGAGGAAGAAUUUGAAGCAAGAUGGUUAGACGUCAUCCAAACCCAACAACUAACAGAUAAUGAAUGGUGUCAAACAACAUUCGAGUCAAGACAACAAUGGGCAGAAACGUAUUUAAGGGGUUCAUUCGUUGCAGGAAUGAGAACCACACAACGUUGCGAAUCCAUCAACUCCGCUCUAAAAAAAUUUUUAGAGAAGAAUUAUUGCUUGCGUGAAUUUGUAACAACCAUAGAUAUGACAGUCUCAAAGCUCAGACACAACGAGACUGCAAAUGACUUCAAAAGUAGAUGCACUCGACCUCACCCACCUAAUCCUACAUGCUUGACCACUUACUACAACCAAUGUGCUGAAUUCUACACAAGAACUAUGUACCACAAGAGCAAGAAGGAGAGUGGCAGAUAUUCACCAUUGGAAAGUUCCAGCAUCCGGACGUCCAAUACCGAGUUCAUUACUGUGAAGGCCGACGAGCACUACACUGUAGUUGCUUGCUCUAUGAAAGACAGGUGGUACCCUUGUAGACAUUUAUGGGCUACAAUGAAAAGAUUAAACAUGAGAAGAAUACCUAAUUCUCUUCUCAUGAAGCGAUGGAGCAAAUCCGCAAAGAUAAAUCUCCACCUACAUUUUAACCCGCCAGCACAACCACAACAGCACAUUUACGAGAUGGCUAGGUUUGGAUCUCUCAGUUCAGCGACUUAUAACUUCACUUUCUAUGCAGCGAAAUCAGAGGACUCGUACAACCGUGCAAAGGAAGAGCUUGAACGGCUAACUCUAAUGUUCAAGGAAGAAUUUGACUUGAAUUCCAAUCCGGAAGGAGAGACGCCACAACCUGGAAGAUAUCGUAGCAACCCCAACAUUAUUAAAGACCCCGAAGUUGUGAGAACAAAGGGUACGGGAAAUACAAGGGAAGGACCAAACGGGGAGCAGAUCCCAAGAAACUCAAGACAUUGUCGCAUUUGUCGCUCAUCAGACCAUGAUUAUCGACGGUGCCCAAAUCGUCAACAUAACACUGGAUCUCAGGGGCAACAACCUCCAAACAAUCAACCACCAUCUGACUCAUUCAAUGACCACUCCAACGCGUAUUUCCCGGAACCGCCUUCCUCCACACAAGAGUCUUACUAUAGUCAUUCUUAUAACUAG